UAUUUUGGUUCUUGGGACAUGAUGGAAUGACUAUGAUUCACCAUUCCAUUAUGAUGUAUUUCCACGGAAGAAUGGGUUGAUGUUUUAGAUCACAGCGUCAGGGAUGAACAUCCUUGUAAGUCUUUUGACACUUUGCUUUCUUUUUUCAAGUUUCAGGGAACUCAGUUUUUGAUCACUGCUUCCUUGAAAGAUUGCUUGUGUUCGUAUGAUUCUUACAUUCUUUCCUUUUUACUCGUUUCUUACAAACAAACAAAAAGAGUUAACGUUUGUCCGUUCUGAUUAUUUUUAUAUAUUUGAGAGUUGCUUGCUUAUUUUCUUGGAUAUCAUUAUGUAUAAGCUUUCUUCUCUUACUGGUUGCGCUUGUGGGACCUUUCUGUUACUCUCGUUAUUUUAAUUUUCUGUGAGGAAAAUACAAGGAAGUAGAGAUAUAUACAAAGAAAAGCACCGGCCAGUCCACUUUUUUAUUCCUAGUAGUUUAACAAUCCUUGUCAACGUUCUGUGUUCAAUGUAUACAAGGGGCCUCAUAGGCUCAUAAUAAUUUCUUCCUCCAAAUAGCCCCUCUGUAAUACUGAUCAUCUUUCCAUCACACUAAUUAAUGGAUUCUUCUUUUUUGCUCACCACUCUUGCUGCUGCAAUAGGGCUCUUAACAGUUCUGAGAAAACUUAGAUUCCAUCAAGAAGAUAACAGAGAAAAGGAUCCUUCUUCUUCAUCAACUUCAUCUUCUUUGUCUCCUUCAACGGUUCAUUUACCUUCUUCUUCUCACAUCUGGACGCAUGAUGUCUUUCCUAGCUUCCGUGGGGAAGAUGUACGCAGAGACUUCUUCAGUCACAUUCAGAGGGAGUUUGAAAGAAAAGGAAUCACUCCGUUCAUAGAUAAUGAAAUCAAAAGAGGAGAAUCUAUCGGUCCAGAGCUGAUCAGGGCCAUCAGAGGAUCAAAGAUUGCAAUUAUCUUGCUCUCUAGAAACUAUGCCUCCUCAAAAUGGUGUCUUGAUGAACUGGUGGAGAUUAUGAAGUGCAGAGAAGAGUUUGGUCAGACUGUAAUGGCUAUUUUCCACAAAGUGGAUCCUUCUGAUGUGAAAAAGCUAACCGGAGAUUUUGGGAAAUUUUUUAAGAAAACUUGUGCUGGUAAAGCAAAGGAUUGCAUUGAGAGAUGGAGACAAGCUUUAGCCAAAGUGGCUACCAUCGCUGGCUAUCAUUCAAGCAACUGGGAUAAUGAAGCCGACAUGAUCAAGAAAAUCGCCACUGAUACUUCGAACAUGCUGAAUAAUUUCACACCAUCAAAUGAUUUCGAUGGUUUAGUUGGGAUGGGAGCUCAUUGGGAAAAUUUGAAAUCAAUCUUAUGCCUAGGCUCAGAUGAGGUGAGGAUGAUUGGGAUUUGGGGUCCUCCUGGGAUUGGGAAGACCACAAUCGCUAGAGUCGCAUUCAACCAACUCUCCAACAGUUUUCAACUGAGUGUCUUUAUGGAUGAUCUCAAAGCAAACUCUUCAAGACUGUGUUCCGAUGACUACAGCGUAAAGUUGCAAUUACAGCAACAGUUUAUGUCUCAAAUAACCGAUCAUAAGGAUAUGGUUGUAUCUCAUUUCGGUGUUGUGUCAAAUAGGUUGAGGGACAAGAAAGUUCUUGUUGUUCUUGAUGGCGUGAACCGGUCAGUACAACUAGAUGCGAUGGCGAAAGAGACUUGGUGGUUUGGUCCCGGUAGUCGGAUUAUAAUCACAACACAAGAUCAGAAACUUUUUAGAGCACAUGGGAUCAACCAUAUUUACGAAGUGAAUCUUCCAACAAAUGAUGAGGCUCUCCAAAUAUUUUGUACGUAUUGUUUUGGUCAAAAUUUCCCUAAAUAUGGUUUUGAGGAGCUUGCUCGAGAAGUUACAAGUCUUUCUGGUGAACUCCCAUUGGGGCUAAGGGUUAUGGGUUCCUACCUUCGGGGAAUGUCCAAGGAAGACUGGACAAAUUCACUACCAAGAUUAAGAGAUAGCCUUGACACUGAUAUUCAAAGCAUUUUGAAAUUCAGUUAUGAUGCCUUAGACGAUGAAGAUAAAGAUUUGUUUCUUCAUAUAGCCUGCUUCUUUAGCUCUGAGCAGAUUCACAAAAUGGAAGAGCAUCUUGCAAAGAGGUUCUUGUAUGUGAGGCAAAGACUUAAAGUCUUAGCUGAGAAAUCUCUCAUAUCUAUUGACUCAGGACGUAUAAGGAUGCAUAGUUUGCUAGAAAAACUAGGUAGAGAAAUUGUUUGUAAACAAUCUAUUCAUGAGCCUGGACAGCGUCAGUUUCUGUACGACAAAAGAGAUAUUUGUGAAGUACUGACUGGUGGUGCAACAGGUAGUAAAAGUGUCAUAGGCAUAAAGUUCGAAUACUAUAGAAUCAGGGAAGAAAUAGAUAUAAGUGAGAAAGCAUUUGAAGGAAUGUCAAAUCUCCAAUUCUUAAAAGUUUGUGGUUUUACCGAUGCACUGCAAAUAACUGGAGGUCUGAACUAUCUGUCUCAUAAACUUCGAUUACUAGAGUGGAGACAUUUUCCAAUGACAUGUUUACCUUGCACUGUAAACUUGGAGUUCCUUGUCGAACUAGUCAUGCCUUACAGCAAGCUUGAGAAGUUGUGGGAAGGAUGUAAACCGCUUCGGUGUCUAAAGUGGAUGGAUUUGGGUUAUUCUGUAAACUUGAAGGAGCUUCCGGAUCUCUCAACUGCCACUAACCUUGAGAAAUUGUAUCUUUAUGAUUGCUCGAGUCUAGUCAAACUCCCUUCUAUGAGUGGAAAUAGUCUGGAGAAACUAAAUAUCGGUGGAUGCUCAAGUCUUGUGGAGUUUCCCUCCUUUAUUGGGAAUGCCGUUAAUCUCCAAGAAUUGGAUCUGAGUAGUUUCCCAAAUCUGUUGGAGCUCCCUUCUUAUGUUGGGAAUGCCACCAACUUGGAGUACUUGGAUCUUCGUAAUUGCUUAAAUAUGGUGGAACUUCCUCUCUCUCUUGGAAACCUUAAGAAGUUGAAAAGGCUGAGAUUAAAAGGAUGCAGUAAGCUAGAGGUUCUUCCCACCAACAUCAACUUGGAAUAUUUGAAUGAACUUGAUAUCGCUGGAUGCUCAAGUCUUGAUCUCGGGGAUUUCUCCACUAUCGGAAAUCUCCGAGAAUUGAAUAUCAGUAGUCUACCACAAUUGUUGGAGGUCCCUUCCUUUAUUGGGAAUGCCACUAAUCUAGAGAACUUGGUCCUUAGUAGUUGCUCAAAACUGGUGGAACUUCCUCUUUUCAUUGGGAACCUUCAGAAGUUGCGGUGGCUGAGAUUAGAAGGAUGCAUUAGGCUAGAGGUCCUUCCCACCAACAUCAACUUGGAAUCUUUGCUUGAACUUAAUCUCAGUGAUUGCUCCAUGUUGAAAAGUUUUCCCCAGAUCUCCACAAACCUUGAAAAGCUCAACCUCAGAGGAACUGCAAUAGAACAAGUGCCUCCCUCGAUCAGGUCAUGGCCUCAUCUUAAAGAGUUGCACAUGUCAUACUUUGAAAACCUCAAGGAAUUCCCUCAUGCUCUCGAAAGAAUUACAAGCCUUUCCUUGACCGACACAGAGAUACAAGAGGUUCCUCCAUUGGUCAAGCAAAUCUCUCGUCUGAAUAGAUUCUUCCUCAGUGGAUGCCGAAAGUUGGUAAGACUCCCGCCGAUUUCGGAGUCCACUCAUUCUAUAUAUGCAAAUGACUGUGACUCCCUGGAGAUACUAGAGUGUUCCUUUUCCGAUCAAAUCCGUAGGCUCACCUUCGCCAACUGCUUCAAACUGAAUCAAGAGGCGAGAGACCUCAUCAUCCAGGCUAGUAGUGAACAUGCAGUCUUACCAGGUGGACAAGUGCCUGAGUACUUCACUCACCGAGCUACUGGUGGAGGUCCAUUGACUAUCAAAUUGAAUCAAAAUCCUCUUCCAGAAUCCAUGACAUUUAAAGCUUGCAUCUUGCUGCUUAAUAAAGGUGACCAUGAAGCUUGCUCUAAAGAGAAAUCAAGGGGAGUGGAUGUUGUAAAUAAUAAUAUCAUAUUUGGAUUAUAUCCGGCUUUAGCGGAGCAUCUGUACACAUUCCGUAUCAACUUAGAAGUCACUUCCAGGAAGCUUCUCUUUGAGUUCAAGUUGAUGAGCGAUGAUGACGAUUGGAAGAUAGGAGAAUGCGGGAUAGUCCAACAAUAGGAGGUCCCUUGAUAUUGAUGAACAUGGUGGCCAUGGCAAAUGUGAAACGUAUGAAGUUAAUGCCUCUCUUUUUUUUUUCUCUACGAGUCCUUUCCUCAACUAAAUGUAUGUAUCUGAAACUCAAAUUUAGGUGAGGAGAUCGAUGUGUGUAUAACGCAUGUGUUGACGCGAGCCAGUAUGCAGAGCCUUUGGUACACUAAUAAGUUAUGCUUAGUAUAGUGACGAGGCUGAAGAAGAUUUUGUAUCAUUCUCACCACAGAAAUGCUCUUCUACAUCUUUUUCCCCUUCUUCACUUUCAUCAUCAAUCUCUUGCUCAUCAACUGUUGUUAAUAUUGAAACUAAAUAAAUACCCAUAUAUAUUCUAAUUAAUUAAGAAGAUGUUUGAUAUGUAACCUGAUACCCAUAUAAAGUGCUGUGCCUCUGGACUUGGUAAUCUGGUAGAACAUUAUAACAUACUACAAACCUUAAGCAAAUUUUGACAGAGCAAACAUAAAACCCUUGGCUCUUACUCUGAUCUCUUACCUUAAGCAAGGUACUAAGCAGCUGUUGGUUUUUAGGUUCUUGGGACAUUAUGUAGAAGUUGCAGAGGCUGAUAUUAAUAGGAUGCGAUAAGCUCGAGGUCCUUCCUACCAAUCUUUGGUUGAACUUGAUCUCCCUCAAGGACUUUGAAAACCUCAAGGACUUUACAAGAGGUUCCUCCGUGGGCCCGGAAAAUGUCUCGUCUGAAAGCAUUCUCCCUCAAAGGAUGCCGAAAGUUGGUAUCAGUCCCACCGAUUUUGGAGUA